AUGAACAGAGCUCGCGACCGAGUCUUGACGGAGAAGAUCGAUCGCAUUCUGAAGGAGAAAGCCCGCUUGGAGAAGCUCGAUCUUUCCGCCGACCUGCGUCGCGCGGACCAACUCCUCGCCGAACUCGAACUCAGCCGCGACCUUACUCAAUACGUCAUCCAUGUGGACUGCGAUGCUUUCUUUGCCGCCGUUGAGGAGCUUGACCGCCCCGAGCUCAAGACUGUCCCCAUGGCCGUUGGCAAAGGCGUUCUGACGACCUGUAACUACGAAGCGCGCAAGUUCGGCGUUCGCAGCGGGAUGGCCUCUUUCGUCGCGAAGAAGCUCUGCCCGCAGCUCAUUCUUCUACCGCAGAACUAUGACAAGUACACUGCUAAGGCGCAGGAGAUUCGUGCCAUCUUCACCCAGUACGAUCCGCUGUUCGAGAGUGCCAGCAUUGAUGAGGCCUACCUCAACAUCACCGCGUACUGCUUGGAGAAUAACCUUGGCCCGGAAGAGGUAGUUAGUCGCAUGCGCGCCGAGGUGCUGGAGAAAACCCAGAUCUCAGUGUCGGCAGGAAUCGCGGCCAACGCUAAAAUCGCCAAGAUUGCCUCCAAUCGAAACAAGCCUAACGGUCAGUUUUGUGUGCCGAAUGAUCGCGACGCCAUCAUGGAGUUCAUGCGCGAGCUGCCGGUGCGGAAAGUGAAUGGGGUUGGCCGGGUGUUUGAGCGCGAGCUGGACGCCAUUGGAGUCAAGACCUGUGGCGAUAUUUACCCAGCGCGUGCGCUACUGGCGAAGCUCUUUGGAGAGAAGGCCUUCCAGUUCCUGGCGCAGUGCUAUUUGGGACUCGGGCGGACAAAGAUUCAGCCCGUCGAGAACUACGAGCGGAAGAGCGUCGGAACAGAGACGACCUUUAGUGAGAUUGGCACCAAGGAAGAGUUCCGCGCGAAGCUGCUGUGGGUGGCGCAGGAGCUGGAGAAGGAUUUGGCGCGGACACAGUUCAAAGGCCGCACGCUGGUGCUCAAAGUGAAGCUUGCUACGUUUGAGGUGCUCACGCGUCAGUAUCAGCCUCCGCGGGCUGUGUCCGUGGCCAAGGAUCUCUACGCAUUCGCUCUACCGAUGCUGGAAAAGCUUGAGAAGGAGAUUCCGAAUAUGAAACUGCGGCUGCUUGGGUUGCGAUGUACGCACCUCGUAAGCACGAAGAAAGCGGGCAUCGAUUUCUUCGGCUGGGCACGGAGCGGGAAGCCUUCGACCGGGUCAGCGGAUUCAAGUGGUGAGCAUGAAAUUGGCGCAGAGGAAGCCUUUGAACAGGCAGCCCGACAGGAGAUCGAAGAGGAGAUGAACGACAUCGAGAAACUGAGCCAGGAAGUCCCGGAUAGUGGGGCGGAUACUACAGACCGGGAGUCUAGUGCGAAAGCAGAGCCACAACUGGAAUAUUGGGAGUGUCCCAUUUGUGCCAAACCGCAGCCUGCAGAAGACAGGCUGUUCAACGAGCAUGUCGACUUUUGCUUAUCCAAGGGCACCAUCCGCCAAGCUGUGCAAGGGGCCAAAGAACCGACUCCAGAGGCUGUCCCCGGGAAGAAUCGCAAGAGGAAAGGGACGUCUCAGGAAGUCGACCCUCGUCAGAAACGGUUAUUCUUUACGUGA